GGGCAGCGGGAGGCCGCGGCCGCGUGGUGCCUGUUCCGGGCUCUUCCCGCCCCUCCGCCGGCGGUUCCGGCCCCGGCGUGUGAGGGGACAGAGCGGCCGGUGUCCUCCGGAGCGGGUUUGGUGGGUUAUCUCUCAGGAAAAAAAUUAAUAUAGUUUUGGCAAUGAAGCAUCCUGCAAAAAGCGAGAGGAUUAUUUGGAAUGGCCUGAAUAUUUUAUGGCAGUAGCUUUUUUGUCAGCACAAAGAAGCAAGGAUCCAAGUUCUCAGGUCGGUGCCUGCAUUGUAAAUUCAGAAAACAAGAUUGUUGGAAUUGGAUAUAAUGGGAUGCCUAAUGGCUGCAGUGAUGAUGUACUACCUUGGACAAGAACAGCAGCACACAGACUAGACACGAAAUAUCCUUAUGUGUGCCAUGCCGAAUUGAAUGCCAUCAUGAACAAAAACUCAGCUGAUGUGAAAGGAUGCAGCAUGUAUGUUGCCUUAUUUCCAUGUAAUGAAUGUGCAAAGCUCAUCAUCCAGGCAGGCAUAAAGGAAGUUAUUUUUAUGUCUGACAAGUAUCAUGACACUACAGAAAUGACAGCUGCACGGCGGAUGUUUGAUUUAGCAGGUAUUAUAUACAGGGAAUUCAAGCCAAAGUGUAACAAGAUCAUCAUUGACUUUGAUUCAAUUAACAGCAGACCAAGUCAAAAGCUUCUGUGAAUUAAGUCUCAUUAAGUCUCCAGAAGAGUGUGAUUAUCCUUUUCUAAAAAGCUGCUAAUGCCUUUCAUCUUCAAGUUACUUGCAACUUUUUAAUGGCUUCUGUAGCUAAAGUAGACUUCUAAGAAAUCCAAGGCAUAAAAUGUCCCCCUCACUUCAUCUUGUCAUGUGGAAUCUAAAUCUACUUAAAAUUUUUUAAUGCCUUUAUCAAAACUGCUUAAAAAGUAUAGAGACAUGCAGAUGAGACAAUAUAAUGUAUGUAAAGAAAACUGUUCUGAUUCUUGCUGUAUUCCUCACCACCUGCUCUGAUAGGCUGUCAGCACUGAUUUAACUCGGCUGAACAGCAGUACUUGCUGUAACCAGCAGUACGUUGGAAUACGCUAAUAUAUGUUGAUCUCUCUAUUGGAUAUGCGGAUCUAAAUAGCUGAUCCUAACAAAGGACAAAAAAUGUUAUCCAUGCAAAUACUAAUCUUCCAACUAACACUACACUAAUAUUUAAAAGGUUAUACAGCUUUAAGAAUGUGUGACAUUCUGUGUGCGCUAUCCAACAAAUAAAAUACUGAUUUGUCUUUUAAUUGCUAUUUAACGCUGUCAUACCUGGGGAGGGGUGAGAGGGGAAGUUGUUCUGAGAAUGGUCCCUGCCGGACUGAGCUUCACAGGUGCUUUCAAGUCCUUGUUUUCCCCAAGGCUCCAGAAUUGGAGGGGGCUGAGGGAGUAAAUCAUUUGGCUCUUUACCUUUUGGACUCUUACUUGGAGUUGGUUUUCAUGUGUAGAAGGAAAUUAUUUUAUUGGUCUGAGCUGUUCCUAGACAAUCCAACAGAGCUCAGUCUUAAAAUCAACCUAUAAGGUAACUGAGUCAUUUUUUUGUCCUUUGAGAGAAAUCAGAGAUAGUCAACCCAUAUCCGUAUCCGUGCCAAAAGAGGUAAUUAUGGUGUUAGCUUGUUUCCCAGUGCUGGUGUAGUACCUUCAUUUUCAUAAAUGUUGCCUAAAAUAAUAUCCUUUUUAAUUUUAUCUUGAGAUCUGGGAAUAGAUUUGAGUUCCUUUUCUCUAAUUUGAUUUUUUAAAAUUAAAUAUGCCUAAUGGCUUUGUUUAGAUAACAUUGAUGGUUGGUUUUGUGUUUUUUUUUAAAUGUGGUUAUACUUCAAUGAGCUUUUAUUUUCUCUAUAAAAGCUUUGUUUCAUAUUUUGGGACAUUAUGUAAUUUGGCUUCAUACCAGUAUUAUUAAAGUCUUAUUAAAAUCUACUACAUUGAAGUAGACUCAUAAUUAUAAUAUUAAGCCAUGUGCUUGGCUCCAGAGUGCUGCUGUUUUUGCAAUCAUAUGCAAAGCAUAUUUUGUGCAUUUGUGAUAUUACAUAAAGUGUAAUGCUCAUGAACCAUUUGGCUACUAAAGGGAGCAUUGUAAUGUGUUAUAAGAUGUGUCCAUUUAUAAAGUAAUUUCUGACUUUCUCUUUUUUUCCUACAACUGUUUUCCACCUCAAAAUUGGUCUGUGGCUCACUGCCAGGAGAAGAAAUUUGCACAUAUGUGGAGGGGGAGGGUGAAACCUGAAAAAUUACUUUAAUAAAAUGUCACUAAAACAGCUUAUACACAUCUUUUUCUUUGGCCUGAAUUAAUAAGUAGAAGCAUUUUGAGUUAUACUGAUCUGACAAUGGGACAGAGGGGAGAGAAGCAGCAGAAAUUUUGGGUUUGGCAGCAAAAUUGCUGUUUUCUUCAUAGAUAAUUGCUGAUCUAAGUUCAGCCUUAAAAGAUAGAUGCAUUGUGAUUCUGGUUACUUUAAGUAUUUUUCUGUCAGGCCCUGGAUAAUGGGAAUGUAUAAUGUGCAUAAAAACUCAGGAGUUUUUUGAAUCAAUGUCCAGGUGUUUUUAGGAAUGUGCUGGUUUUUAUGACGACUCUUUUUUUUUUUUUUUCCCCAGGACUUUCCUGUUCAUGUAACAAAAGAGUAGUACUGGAGAAUAUGAGAGGCUUUUAGAUUCUUCCGAUCAAUUUUUGAUCUGAUAGAGCCACAUAUACAAGCUUUCAGAGCAAUUGUCAGUUGACUCAGGUUAGUUAAGUGGGUUCUCUGAUUUCCAGGGCAACCUUAUGGAAAAAGCGGACGCACAGCUCUUGAGACAGUGUGUGCUUAGUUUGGGGUUAAUGUUUUAGAGAAAAUCUUAAAGAAGGUUUGGCCUUUUGUGUGCAUGCCCAGAAAUCUGUAUGCUUUUGGCUUUUUUUCUUUUAAUAGUUCAGGAGAUAGUGCUUUGACUUCCAAGUAAAGAAUUAUUAGUCGAGGAAACAAAGGAAUCAGGUAAAUACAAUAAACUGUGUUUCUAUUCUUGAAGCUCAAGCUCAAGAUGAACAGAACCGUUUGGGCUGGAAGGAUCUCUUGAGGGCAUUUAGUCACCCCUCACUGAAAGCACCAUUCACUUACAAGUUAGAUCCAGUUGCUCAGGCCUCAUCUGGGUUAGUAUCUCCAAGAAGUGGGAUUCUGCAGCCUUUCUGAUCAUCCAUUCCAAUACUUGACCCGCACUGUGUCUUUUUCUUUUUUCUCCAGUUAGAAUUUCCACUGCUACAGCUUAGGUCCGUUGCCUUUUGUUGUAUGUGUCUGAAAAGGGUCUGUCUGUCUCCUCUAUUACCACCCGUUAGGUAGCCCAAGUCAGUGCUUAGGUUCCCCCCACCUUUAACCUUCUCUUCUCCAGGCUGAACAAAUGCCUUUCCUGUGCAUCAUGUGCUCCAUCCUGUCACCACCUCAGUGUCCCACCACACUGUCUGUCUCGUACUGGGGAGCCCAAAGAUGAUGCUACUCCAGAUGUGGUCUGAAUAAAGGAGCACAAAUAAUCACUUCUAUUGACCUGCUGGCUACACACUUUCUAGUAGAGCUUGGUAUGUGGAUAGCCUUCUCUGGUGCAAGGGCACUUCACCUCUUGUCCACCUGGAUUCCUGGGUCCUUUUCUUCCAAGGUUCCUUCCACCCAGCCCACUGUUGUUCUGUUCCUGGUGAAGGACUUCAUUAUGUUUCCAUCAACGCAUUCCUCCAGCCGUUAAUACAGCUGGACUUUGAACUGCUGACUCUUUGAGCCUGAUGGCUUACCAACGUGAGACUUCACAGGUCGUGUCGUGGCCACCAGCAUCGCUCCUGUGGUAAAUCACACCCCCCGCCAGCUUGCCAGGGAAAGGGCUGAGCCUUCAUUAGGCGUUGCUUGAAAAACCCAGUGCAGGGAGCUGAAAGGAGACUCUGGGGAAGCACUUUGGUAGUUCCUUCAGGAGCAUUAAUUGGAGGAAGAAAUCACAUUCAAAUAAAACGCUGAGAUCCUAUCCAGUUCAAUAUAACUAUCUUAAAGGUUAUAUCUAAAUCCUGCCAUCAUCUAGAUUUUCCUUCUAAAUAUUAUUCCGUUCCCCUCUCAGAGAACCCAAGGAACUGGCAAUCUUAUUUACAUAAAUUUCAUUUAAGAAAGGGUGGUUUCACAGGCUGGCGUACUGAAUGAGAGCAUAAUCUCCAUCUUUGAAGCUUUGAUCACUAACUGAGCAUUUUAUUGCUUUGUAUAUUAGGAAUAUUUUCACAAAGGUAACAAAAAGUAUGCUGUGACCGAUACAAUCGUUCUGAUCUCCAAAAUAGCCUAUGAUAACAUUGGCAGUAAAAGCUCUUCUGGUGCAUCACUCAGCCUGAAAUCUCUGUGUACAUAACUGCAGAAGCUGCAGUAGUUCAUCAGCUACCAA